GAGGGGAUGACCGCCGGGUCUUACUUUGGCAUAUGGAAGAAGCCAUCCACUCAAGAGUCAAACCAGUUCAGCUGAAAGGGGAGCAUCACUCUAAUAUCUUCUGCCUAGCUUUCAACAGUGGCAAUACAAAAGUGUUCUCAGGAGGCAAUGAUGAGCAAGUUAUACUCCAUGAUGUUGAAAGCACUGAGACCUUAGAUGUGUUUGCCCAUGAAGAUGCAGUGUACGGCCUUUCGGUGAGCCCAGUAAAUGACAAUAUCUUUGCCAGUUCAUCAGAUGAUGGCCGGGUUCUUAUUUGGGACAUCCGAGAGUCUUCCCAUGGAGAGCCCUUCUGCUUGGCACACUAUCCGUCAGCCUUUCACAGUGUGAUGUUUAAUCCAGUAGAACCCAGAUUACUGGCGACUGCCAACUCUAAAGAAGGUGUGGGACUCUGGGAUAUUCGUAAACCUCAGAGUUCGCUGCUCCGCUAUGGUGGAAACCUCUCCCUUCAGAGUGCCAUGAGUGUCCGGUUCAAUAGCAAUGGAACCCAGCUGCUGGCACUGCGUCGGCGCCUUCCCCCGGUCCUCUAUGACAUCCACUGCCGGCUGCCUGUCUUCCAGUUUGACAACCAAGGGUACUUCAACUCAUGUACUAUGAAGAGCUGCUGUUUUGCAGGUGAUCGUGAUCAGUACAUCCUUUCGGGCUCUGAUGACUUCAAUUUGUAUAUGUGGAGGAUUCCUCCAGAUCCAGAAGCAG